AAAUUUCCACCAAAACAAGAAAUCUGAACCGUUGAAAAAGCUGAAUCUCAUCGUGAUGGUCCCAUACAAUUAUCAGCAUCUCCGUGUAAGUUGUUUGGGACAAGGAAAACGAGACUUUUAGAUGGUGGGAAGAUUAAGCAUAUCUUGUUCUUGAAUGGAAAACAUGAAGAUGGCCAUAGAUGAUGCUUUGAACGCCUUCUCACCUGUAUCCACAACUACCAUUUACUGGAAAUCCCGAAGAAGAUCAGCUGCCAAAAACAAAAAUGGUAACUUGUUGCCCACAGCUAGCGGGAGGAAUUUAGAGGUAUCAGAAGAUACUGCUAAUACACCACCCAGCAAGCAGGAAGAUACUCCUACUCCUACUCCUCCUCCUCCUUCUUCUUCUUCUAGUGAGGAGGUGCAGAACACAACUCCAAUUUCUGAGCGUCGAAAGGCCUUGUUUGAACCAUUAGAACCUAUAAAGAAUGUUAAUGGCCGACGACCCUCGGCUGAGUCUUUACUUCCUCCCCCUGACUUUGAAUCUGCAAACUAUCCUAAGGGCUGGUUGAUUGGAAAGAAACGAAAGCUUGUCAAUGUAGAUGUUGUUGAAAGCAUGCGAAGGAUUGCCAUCCAAGAAAUGAACAGAAAGGACAGGGAAAUUGAUGGACUAAAUGAACAACUGGAGGAGGACUCACGUUGCUUGGAGCACUUGCAACUUCAGCUUGUGGAUGAACGAAGCAAACGUGCUCGAGUUGAACGAGAGAAUGCGAUGCUUCAAGAACAAGUGAACAUGCUGAUGAACAUGUUACAAGAGGCAGAACAAAUGGGAGAGGAAGGCCAGGAUGAACCUUGAAGUUUACCAUAGUACAUUAUGUGUGCUUGUGUGUGUCAAAUUCUUUUUGUAGGUUUUUUUCGUCAUGGUGUCUAUGCAGUUAUUAGAGUGCAUAUAGUAAUAUUUGGGGGCAAAUAGAUCAAAUCGCAAUGAGCAAACUAUUCGUUUAUCUCAAAAAAGAAAAAAUUGUAAAUCUUUGUAGUGACUGUGUGGUUGUUAAUUUAUAUCUUGUUACUCUUUUAAACUAUAAAAAAGCAUUGUAAUUUAUUGUAAUUUA